CACACACACACACACACACACUGUUAUUGUGCAGUAUCUCCACACACACACACACACACACACACACACACACACUGUUAUUGUGCAGUAUCUCCACACACACACACACACACACACUGUUAUUGUGCAGUAUCUCCACACACACACACACACACACACACACACACACUGUUAUUGUGCAGUAUCUCCACACACACACACACACACACUGUUAUUGUGCAGUAUCUCACACACACACACACACACACACUGUUAUUGUGCAGUAUCUCCACACACACACACACACUCAGGAGCAGAAAUCAAAUGCAGAAUCCGCAUUAAACACUGCUCCUGAGAACUGCAAUACUGCAUAUUUUGCUUCAUGUGCGCUUGGGGGGCAUAAGGUUAAUUUGGGGGGGCAAAGCCCACCCCAGCCCCCCUUUAGAUCCGGCCCUGUUCUGCAGAUAAUCUGCAUACUGUCAGAACACAGCCGCACACAUACACCGGUGAGUCGUGCGUUUCAUCUAUAGUCUCGUUCAAUAAUCCCAUGUACCAAAACAACUGUGCACUCGUUGAUAUUUAAAUGAAUAAUUGUUCUAGAAAUGAAAGUGUAAAGACACUAAUGUUGAUGUUUAACUGCAGUAAGGAGGCAAAGUGUUUCACUUUUAUUAGAGGGAAUCUGUAGUUUUGUACUCCAAUGUUCUCUGUGUUAUACCCAAUAAUUUACAGUGUUUACUCUUAAUUCUGUGUUAGUGAUAUACACAUGAGAACAAACGGGCUGCUGAACAGUCAUUUAAUACUGUGCUUUCCCCCUCUGUAACACAAACAUCAUUUUGUGCCAAUAAAGGGAUUCAUUUAAUAAUAUCCUGUUCUUAAUUUGUCAUUGAGAAAAGGGGCAAUAUUUAAAUCCUUUUUACUAUAAAUUCUCCUGCCCAGUAGGGGGCGAUAUGCACAAAGAAUGUGAAUCGUCAAAAACAUAAGAAGAAGAAAGUGAAAGUGGAGAUUCAUAGUAAAAAAUUACUUAAAUAUUGUUCUGUUUCUCACCCACACCUAUCAUAUCACUUCUGAAGACAUGGAUUAAACCACUGGAGUCGUAUGGAUUACUUUUAUGCUGCCUUUAUGUGCUUUAUGGAGCUUCAAAGUUCUGGUCACCAUUCACUUGCAUUGUAUGGACCUACAGAGCUGAAAUAUUCUUCUAAAAAUCUUCAUGUGUGUUCUGCUGUAGAAAAAAAGUCACACACAUCUGGGAUGGCAUGAGGGUGAGGAAAUAAUGACAGAAUUUUCAUUUUUGGCUGUACUGUCCCUUUAAGAGCGUUUCAUCUGGAAAGCAUCACAUGUAAUUUAUAUCUUAGAAAGAUCAGAUUUACAAACAUUCAAAGACGAUCUGCUGAAUGUCUUAUUGGUGUUUUGCAGAUGAGCAAAAAAACAAAUAAAAUAACUAAAUAAAAAAUACAUGUCUUCCAGAUGUAAACAGAUCAAAGAGACGUCUGGGUGAUGUACGUGUGCUAUCAGGGGUAUUAUCGAAUAUGAAAUAGUUGAAUAUGAGUUAUCCUGUUGAGUUAGUUUGCUUGUUUAAGCUCGCCUAGUGCAAGCUGGACAUGACCACACCAGCAACAAACCAUUCCGUUCCGUAUUCCUGAAUGAAACAAACUGAUGUGUACAAAACCUGAGCUGAUUAUGAUUUCAUACUGUCAAUCGAAUAUCAAAAUUAAUUCAAAUAUGAAUGUCAAAUAGUAUGUGUCUGAGAUAAUAAAGUCAUAGUUGAGGUGCUGUGGAAGACAAUAAUCGUGAAAUGGACGCGAUAUUUAAUGUUUGAUCCGCCCACUCCCUUUUCAUUGGAUAUUCAGUAGUAUUUCGUCCGCCCACUCGCUUGUAAUUGGCUGUUUAGUAGGAUUUCCUCUGCCUACUCACUUGGCAUUGGAUGUUCAGUAUUAUUUGCUCCGCCCACUUACCCUCCUGCCAUUGUGACGACACAGAAACAGCUGCGUAGCUCAACCGCCAUUUUCUUUCCCUCAGUAGCUCCGAGCUCUCACACCGACCCUUCCUCUCAAACUCUCCCCGGGCUUUAGAUAGUGAUGCCGGCCCAUCCGCUGCGUGUCGCGGUCGUGUGCUCCAGCAACCAGAACCGCAGUAUGGAAGCGCACAACAUCCUGAGCAAGCGAGGGUUUGCCGUGCGUUCAUUCGGCACCGGAAGCCACGUCAAACUGCCUGGACCGGCUCCGGACAAACCCAACAUUUAUGACUUCAAAACCACUUAUGAGCAGAUGUACAACGACUUGGUCCGCAAAGACAAGGAACUAUACACACAGAAUGGGAUCUUACACAUGUUAGAUCGCAACAAGCGCAUUAAAUCCAGACCUGAACGCUUCCAGAGCUGUAAAGAUCAGUUUGAUCUGGUCAUCACCUGUGAGGAGAGAGUUUAUGACCAGGUUCUGGAGGACCUGAACUCUCGCGAGCAGGAGACCUUUCAGCCGGUGCACGUGAUUAAUGUGGACAUUCAGGACAAUCAUGAGGAGGCCACGCUGGGAGCGUUCCUCAUCUGUGAACUGUGCCAGUGUAUUCAACACACUGACGACAUGGAGAAUGAAAUGGAUGAACUUCUGCAGGAGUUUGAAGACAAAAGCCACAGACCGUUUCUACACACCGUCUGCUUCUAUUGACACACACUCCCGCUGACGGCAGGCCGGUUGCCAUGGCAGCAGAGUAAUGGCAUGACCGCGCGCUCAUUUACAUGCAAGAACUCACAUGUGACACACAUGCAGUGAUGCGUGUCUCUUCUGUUUACACAACCGUCAGAAGGUCUGUCACCGGUCUCGCACACUGACUUCACCUCCGCAGGAAGUGUUGAUUCGUGAUUCAGAAGUUUGAUAUGUUUAUAUGAACAUUGAGUAUUACAGUUUAUUCUGCCACAUGUGAAUGAAUGGGAAACAAUCCUACUCAAGGACAAAACUUAUUAAAUCCACCUUUGUGGGCUGGUUUUAGGGGUUUUGCACAAUCAGCUGAUUGACCAGCUUGGACCAUCUUAGACUAGAUUAAACCAGCUUAGGCUGGUUCAUAUUAGUUUCUUCAGGUUUUUAGGUCGGUUCUAGACUAUAAUGCAGAUAGUGUGAUAACACCUGAUCUGAGGAGCACAUUAUUAAUAAUACAGUUAUUACUGAGGAUUAUUGCAGCUCAUGAUGUUAUCUUUUCUCAUGAAUUUAUUUGAGAAUUAUUUAAACAUUGGAUUUGAGUCCUGUUGAGGAUAUAUUUAGUGUUUCUUUUGUAAAUGAACGUGAGAUUCUGUAACCCAGAGUGCCUGAAUUAUUCUUGUGAAUGUGAUA